AACGCAGGGCGGAUCGUGCGAGGCCGCGACACCAACACACGCGCGGAAAACUCACCGAAAUCAACGGAAACGUGGGAAUCAUGGCAGACCUGAGUUUGACCGACGCUCUGACCGACAGCGUUCCUCAGUCUGAUGUGGAGAACAUGGUGGAGAGGGAUUUUGUGGCCACUCUGGAAGCCGAGACCUUUGUUGAUCGGGUCGGAGAGACGGUGGGCAAAACAGACUUCAUUCCACUACUGGACAGUGAUGGCAAGGAUCCAGAUACAGUAGUGAAGGAUGGACAACAGGAAGGGGUUCAGAACCCUGGUGCUGUAAAUCCACUGGGGGAGUCAGGUGGACAGAUUUCGGCAUCGUGGCCAGAUAAACAGGGAGACGUACGACCACAUCAGACUGACCAGCAGGCUUUUGAGGCAGACUUUCUAACAGGUUUCUCUCAGGCGCUUGUGACGUCUGCGGUGAACACAGCUGUUGUUGUUGUAGCAGCUCCUCUCCAGACAGAAAGACCGACUGGUGUUGCUGAACCACAGGGGCCACCGGCCGCCCACACCACCGAUGCACCCAAAACACCUCCUGAAGGCCUAGCUGCCCUGACACCUAAAAACCCACUGGACAUGCAUGCAGGUGUCUUUGGUGACCACUGGUCCAAUGAGGCCGGAAUUCCAUCCGACCUGCCCUUUACACCAAGCGUUUCCACAGUUAUCAGCCGCCAUGCCACCCACCUGGCAGAAAGCCUACACGAUAUGCCCGAUCCUCAGUGGUCCAACAGAGAUAGCAGGAUUGGAGACGGUGAUGAGAGGGAUGGUGAUGGAUCUGACCGCAAGAAGGAAAAGAAGAAGAAAAAACGGAGACCCCGUGACGAGGUGUAUGACUUCCACUCAGAACUACAGAGCAAAAUGGUUUCAUCUGAUAGCCCACAUCAGUCGUCACCAUGCAAGGAACGGGAACGGGACCGAGACGGAGGCUGGGAAGAUGUUGGACGCAUCGGUGGACGAGCCAAGAAGCCAAAAAGCCGCAAGAAGAUUCCUGAAGAAUGGGCGAUCCAUGCCGAACCAUUUGUCCCUGCUUCGGCCUCCAUGUCGCAAGAGUUUGGAACUGAUUUUACCUUGUCAUUACUUGGAGGUGAUAGCGGACUUGUUUCCCUUUCUGAAGACACCGAUGAGAGUCUGAUUCCGCUGUCUCUUACUCAAGAUCUUCUGUCCCUCACAGCCACUUCCCCAACAUCAACAAUGCAACCUGUAACAUUCUCUCCAAAGUCUCCAAGUCAGGCUUCUGGUCUCUCGCCCCAUCAACCCUUGUCCAUUUCCUCUGGUUCCCAUGAUAUCAUCUUGGAAACAGACGACGUCUAUCUGGAGAAUCCACUGGGUAAAGCUGAUCCACUUGCUUGUGGCAUUAAUGACACUCAACCUUUCAUGUCUACCGGUGGAACCUUUGAGGAAGCCAUUUAUGCCCAAGGACAACCCUUCACGACUUCCACAAGUGAAACCCAAGAUGUGGUUGAGUCCCAGGUCAAAGAACCUCAAGUGUCAACCCCUGGAAGCACUUGUUUAGUACCGCCAAUGGAGGCUCUCAUCUCAGCACCCCCUUUCUCACCAUCUAGACCGGUGUGGUCUCAUAAUAAUCACAGUCAGCCAUUCGAUCUUUCAGGAAUGGAAGGUGUUAGCUUUGAGACUCAUGUCCCAAUCCCUGCACCUCUUCCUUCACCAAAGAACAAAACCCCAAAGGAGUCCAAAAACAAGCCAGGCAAGAAGUCCCAUUCAUCGACAUUGAAGAGUCCCAAGUCCCCUGAUGCAAAGAAUUCCAGUCUGAAUCCCGCCGCACCUCCGUUCUUCCCUAGUUUUGCAGAACCUCAGGAACACGUAGCUGGACCGACCGUCACGUUGGAAGGCAACUCUGAGAAAAACAAGCCAGAGGUGAACAAAAUGGACAAUGUCCAGAAUUUUGACAACUUUGAUGUCUUCAACAAGACGGACAAAGAUCAUAAGAUGGACCUGGUGGAGCAGGAAGACCAAUCUGACCACACAGACAAACAGACAGCCAAAGGAGAAAAGACAGAAUCUCUGGACAGGAACAAAGAAAUGGACACGGAUGAAAUAGUGGACAAGGUGAAAACACCAGUGAAAGUUGAGAAGAUUGAAAAGACAGAUCAGUGGGGAAAAUCCAUAAACGAUGAGCCCGAAAAAGUCGAGAAGACUGCAGACAAAAAAGAGGCUGAGUCCUCCCCGAAGGUGGACAAAGACGUGAAGAUGGGUCAUAUGGAAAAGACCGAGCUGAAAACGGAGAACGUCAAAGCCGAGGAGGACGGAUCUGAUCUAAAAACUGAGCAAGACAAAGAAAAGGACGAGCUGGAUGUGAAGCAAGAAAAUGAUAACGUUGAAAAGGAGAAAACUGAACAGAAGACAGAAAAACACAAAACGGACAAAGAUGAAGUAGAGCAGAAAGCAGAAAAGGUUGAAUCAGCUCACAAGACAUCAACAAAAGCCGAGAAGGACGAUAAAGCCGAGAAAGCCAAAAAACCUGCUGCUAAACCCUCCGCAGCCAAACCUGCAGUAACCAACGGUGCACCUGCAAAAGACUUGACCAGUCCCGACAAGAAGACCAAGCCUGUCGCAGGGGCAACCAAACCUAGCUCCGCCAAGCCCCGGCCAAGCUCCGCCUCCACCGCUACAGCUGCCCCCAAGCGUCCAGCCCCCAGCACAUCUGCCCCCAUCAAAAAAGCCCCUGUACCCAAAACACCCACCCCUACUGCUGGUACCAAACGACCAGCAACAGCGUCCACUCGACCCACAACUUCAACCAGCACUGCCACGUCCACUACGGUGGCCAAAGAGGUCAAGCCCAAGACGGCCCCUGAGAAACGGCCUCUGGUACCAAAGGCCACUGCUGCGCCCGCACGACUCGCCGCACCCAAAAACAGCUCGUCUACAACAGCAGGAAACAAACCUGCGACCACAACACGCACAACAGCCGGCGCCCCUACAGCACGACGCCUGGCCACAAAGACUGAGAGCAAACCUGGAGAGGAAAAGAAACCAAGCACACUGAAAACUGCAGAUGUGACCCGCCCUAAAUCUGCACCUCUCAGAACCUCCAACACUUUAAGCAGCGCCACCACUCGCCCUCGCACCACAAAAACACCCGCCACCUCCAGUAGCGCUCCACCAGCUGCUGCACCAGAGAAGAAGCCACCGGUGCCCCGCACCCCUCGACCCAACUCCACGACCACCAGCACCAUGACUCGCCCUGCCCCUCGCCCUGGCUCUGCCCCUGCACCAGACAUCAAAAACAUCCGCUCCAAGAUCGGCUCCACAGAUAACAUUAAACACCAGCCUGGAGGAGGAAAGGUCACAGUGUCUCAGAGCAGGACGGACACUCGCAGCUGCCCCUCCAAAGAGACCAGCCAGGGCAAAGUUCAAAUAGUCUCCAAAAAAGUGGACUACAGUCACGUCACGUCUCGCUUGGGCUCCAAGGAAAAUAUGAAACAUCUCCCUGGUGGAGGGAAAGUCCAGAUUCUCAGCAAGAAGGUGGACUUGAGUAAAGUGACCGCAAAGUGUGGUUCCAAGAGCAAUAUCAAACAUAAACCAGGUGGAGGUGAUGUGAAGAUCGAGAGUCACAAAGUGAACUUUAAGGACAAAGCUCAGUCCAAGGUUGGCUCCAUGGAUAAUGUCAGUCAUGAGCCUGGAGGUGGUAAUGUUAAGGCUGAGGGGGCCCAGGAGACUGCUGAGGGUAGCGGGGCUCCCUCUAGUGGUGUCUCGGCCGCCCAGCCCGCAGCCAGCCCGGCCCAGGAGAAUGGGCUGAAGGAGGGCGCUCCCUGCAGGAGUGAGGAGCUCCAGGACCCACAGGGUCUGGGCUCACUCAUCCCUGAAACAAGCUUCUAACUCGACUUUUUGCCAUCACUGUUCCCUUUUCAUUUCACCCCCCGAUCAACCCCUCUCCUCCCCGUUUACCCCAUUUUUAUGUUCUUCUGCUCCUCUAUUCUGUCUUUCCUCAAACACUCUGAUGCAGAUUGAGUCUUUCAAGCUUAAUUUCCGCGAGAACGCCUGCUCUCGCACGGACCACGGCGCCGACAUCGUCACCUGGCCCGUCUCGGGUGACAGCCCUGUCCUUCCUCACCUGUUACGCAGCAGCAUCUCGCUCAACGACUCCCUCGCGACCGUCGGCAUCCCCCGCUCUCAAACGACCCCUGCCCUCCUCUCCUCCCAGGAACAAGGAGGCGACGUUGGCUCACUCACUGGACUCCAGACAUGAUUUCUCACUUGCCAUUCAUCAGCUGCUCUCUAAAUCCCGCCUCCUACCAUUGCUAUGAUUCGAUUGGUGUGCUUGUUGAUGUUCUUGACGGUUAUUUCUGAUUGGUUAGAGCUAUUACUCGGCUGUGCACUGACGACAGACUUCAGAAUAUGCACAAAAUGACUGGACUGAAGAAAGUUGGAGGCUAAUACUCCUCCCGAGGCUCUGUGUGACUCUGAUGGUAACGGUCUGGAAGCUUUGUUUUGGGCAUGAUAUGGCAAACCCAAGCAGAAUCCUCUCAUUAGCCUUCCUCUGCUGCUAAACUCACACCAUUCAACAAUCACAACACCUACGUAACUAGUUGUAGAGCAUGAAAUGUAGUUCUAGACCUGACAACUAAAGGCUUCUUUACAUAACUAUUGUCAGCAUUGUCCAAUGCAUUGAACUGUAUGCAACGCGUGCUAAUCAAAUGCUUUAAUGUGACGCUCAAACAAUUUAACUUCAGACUUGUGCACUGUGUAAACGCUUUUAGACGGUUUUCCCUACAAUGUAAGAAAUAAUACGUUAAAAGAAACCAGCUGCAAAUGUGUUGCACCAACUUAAGAAUUCAAGUUGGAUUCUAAGUUCCAUGAACUCAAUACGAUAAGUUCAGCAAACUCAAAAAUAAUGAUUUUUACGAGUAGAUCUAAUUAUCAUUAUCAUUAAAAACAUAAACACGUCCAGCUGUUAGCGGGCAAUGUGCAUGACAUGCAAAUUGUGUCUUUCCAAUUACAUGUCUGACUUUGCAAAUUUACAAGUUUGUGAUUUUCACACAUGAUGUGUGUCUCACUGAUGAUAUUAGAUAUUGAGUUAUGUGAAAAAGCCUUUAUUCUAACUUGGUAUUCAUAAUGGAAGUAGUGGAUCUGUACAUGCUAAUCACUACCAUAUAUCUGGAUCCAUCUGGCUAUCAUUUCAUUCAGCAUACAGGGCUGUCAUGUGACCCUGUCCCUUGACCUUAAGUAGAGCUGAUAUUAAAACACUUGUGUUCGGAAAAGCAUACUAACCUUACAAUUUCUGCAGUAUAUACUGUAGUAUGUAUACUGUGCAAAGUAUGCAUGUGUUCUGUAUUCAAAGAGAUGCAACAGUGCAAAACUGCAUUUAACAAAGCAAUGCUCGACUUGACCUUGAGCUACAAGCGCAUUAUCUAGGUUUGUUCGACUUCAAAUAAUCAGACGGGAACGAUUUCAGUCAGACGUAAGCAUUUACAGUUUAAAAAGCACAAAUUAUUGUUCAAGUCAGACUGAAAUUGAACUAUUAAUGUGCAUGUAAACUUUACUAAGUGUGAUAAGUCAUAUCAACUGCCAGUUUUAGUGUGCUCUAUUUACACGUAUCUUGGUAAUAAAACGGGCUAUUUUGUAGGUAUGCACCGACCAAAUUAAAACCAUCAGCAUAUCUGUCAUAAGUGUGGAAAUGCAGAAAAAUACAAUAAUAGUUAUGCAAAAUUGGAUUAGAAGUGCAAAAUAGUCAUACAUAAUUCUAUAGAACUAUAAAAAAAAAAAAAAGGUGCAAAAUAAUUCCCUCA